CUCAGUGUUCCACUCUGUAUGACAACCAAUAUAAUGCAUCUCACAGGCAACCUCAGUGAUCCUCUUCUUGCUCUCUGGCACAGAACAAUGGAUUGUGCACCAACAGACAAUGGCAACACAUGGGACUGGGCUGUCCUUUGUGACAGAGAUGGCUGGAUUUUGCACAGAAAGGCAGUGGAGUCUGCAGGGCCAUAUUUUCCAGGCUCAUUUGAUCAAAAACCUUGGAAUAUCGCUGAGAAGAUCAAUACUAACUACAAG